GCAGUGGCUACUUUGUGACCAAUUCCUUUCCGCGUGCAGGCUUCGCCCCCGUGGAUGUUUAUGAGGCGGGGGGCUGAAUGAUAGGCUUCAGAACCCGGCGAUAACUGUGCAUUCGCCCAGAUAUCUGUUCGCCAUGCAGGGGGAUCCGUGGUGGGAGCAGUCCGGCGUCAGCACGGCGCUUGUGGUCUCGCUUACUUUCUUUGGCGUCUUUUAUGUAAUGCAGAGACGGAAGAGGAUCCGAGAACUUUGCAACAUUCCGCCCGGCCCUGCACCCCUGCCCAUCAUUGGCAACUGUGGCUAUUUCUUGGUGCCCAAAUUUAUCUUAAAGUGGAUAAGAAGGUAUAAGUAUGGAGAUGACGGGUCAAAGAGACGCAUGCAGUCUCCGCAGGUGCUGCUGACGGAGUUGGCCGAGGUUUACGGCGCCGUGUAUAGCGUGUUUAUCGGCAGCCAGUUGGUGGUCAUAUUAACGGGAUAUGACGCCGUCCGGGACGCCCUCACUAACCACGCCGAGGUGUUUUCCGACCGGCCAGAUGUGCCUGUCAUCUCCAUGCUGACAAAGCGGAGAGGCAUCGUGUUCGCCCCCUACGGGCAGGUGUGGAGGCAGCAGCGGAGGUUCUGCCAUGCUGCCCUGCGUAGCUUUGGGCUGGGCAAGCUGAGCCUGGAGCCAUGCAUCCAAGAGGAGGUGCUGUUGGUGAAGCGGGAGCUACUGCAGCUAAGUGUAGAGGUGGGGUGGGGCGCCAUUGACCCUGCCCAUCUCAUCAAUGGCGCCGUAUCCAACGUGAUCUGCUCCCUCAGCUUCGGCCGCCGUUUCCAGCCCCUUGAUGAUGAGUUCCGAGCCAUGCUGGACCUCAUGUCCCGGGGUCUGGAGAUAGUGAUGAACAGUGCAGCCAUAUUGAUCAACGUGUUCCCCUGGCUGUAUUACCUGCCCUUUGGCGUGUUCAAAGAGGUGAGGACGGUGGAGUCACGUAUCACCCGCUUCCUGAAGGCUAUGAUCGCCGAGCACAGGAGCAGCCUGGACCCCAGUGCCCCCCGGGACCUAAUUGACAUGUAUCUGAUAGAGAUGGCCCAGCAGCAGGAGAGAGGGCCCACAGACAGUAGCUUCUCCGAGGAUUAUCUCUUCUACAUCAUUGGGGACCUCUUCAUCGCUGGCACAGACACCACUACCAACACCAUCCUCUGGAUCCUGCUCUACAUGAGUUUGUACCCAGAUGUGCAAGAGAAGGUCCACCAGGAGAUUGACUCAGUGGUGCCGGUGGGUAGGGCACCCUCCCUGACCGACAAGGCCCGCCUCCCAUACACAGAAGCCAGCAUCAUGGAAGUACAGAGGAUGACCGCUGUCGUCCCUUUGGCCAUCCCACAUAUGGCUUCACAGACCACAGAGUUUCGUGGAUACACAAUCCCCAGGGGGACAGUGAUUUUCCCAAACCUGUGGUCUGUCCAUCGAGAUCCGGCCGUGUGGGAAAAGCCAGAUGUCUUCAAUCCCAGCAGAUUCCUGGACAGCAAUGGAGAGGUCCAGAGGAGAGAGCACUUCCUCCCGUUUGGCAUCGGCCGCCGCGUCUGCAUGGGCGAGCAGCUGGCCAAGAUGGAGCUCUUCCUCAUGUUCACCGGCUUGAUGCAGGCCUUCACGUUCCGGCUUCCCGAAGGGGCGGCGCUCCCAGCGAUGGAUGGCCGCUUCGGCCUCACUCUGGCCCCCUUCCCGUACUCACUGCGCGUCACGCCUCGCCACGGCCCCCCGGCCUGAGUUUCCGGCCCAUUCCUGCGAAUCGCAUCAUGAACCAAUACAGGAGUGAAGCGCCUCGGAGGACCUUUCUUUCCUCAGGCUUUUCUGUAACAUGAUUGGACGCUGACUGCUUACUUACCCAAUACAGGCCACAGCUGGCUGUGCUUUAGUGUGCUUUGAUGUUUUAAAAUCAGGCUCUGCUACGGGAGUGAACGCUGAAAAAUGAUUAUAGGAGCAUUUCUAAAAACGUAAGUACAAAGUGGGCACUUUCCUUAAUGCUCCGGCCUCAGGUAAAUGCGAAAAUGUUUUUGAUUCUGAAACUUUCAGGGCUGAUUUUUGAACAAAUUUGGAGUGAAAUUUUGAAUUUUUAAAGUCAAUGGAAGUAGGCACAUUUGCAACAAAAUAUAUAUAUUUUCUAUAUAUAUAUUUUUUAUUUGGUGAUAUGCACUUUUUAUAUACAUAUCUAUAUAUAUAUUAUCAAAUGUAAUAUAUGCUUUAUUAAGAGACAGGUAUUUAUGAUACCGUCAUGUGUGAAUGAAGCGUUCCACACCGCUGCUGUCAUAACAUUUCACAUCAUUCCUCUAUGAAUCUGCAUUAAAUAACUCAUUGGCUCAUCCUC